GCAAACUGGCGACAUGGCGGCUGAUUCUCUUUCCAAGGUAAUAUAUGAACACGAGGGAGUGUUCAUACAUUCAAACGUUGAUGAUGACAGCACUGAGCAAGAACUACUCCUUUCAGGAUCUCUUCGGAUAGUGGACAAGGAUGGGGAAAUCAUUGUGGAAUACAGGCCUUUGGAGGAUACUGUAGACCCAUCAAGCAUGCUGUGUGCUGGCAAGGAUUCCAGCUCUGUCGUGGAGUGGGCCCAAUGUUCAGGGGAGAAGACCCACCAGCUCCUGGAGUCCCAGCACAGCUACGAGACAGAGUGGGACAUGAUCAAUGCUGUAACUUUCAAGAAAAAGACCUUUACAAAUGGAGAGGGAGCUCUGAACCAUAGUAACGAGAGGAGCAGGUGGUCGUUUACCUUCAACAUCUGUGAUCUCAAGUCCAUCACUAAGAAGGAGGAGGGAUGGACCUAUCUGGUCUUCAAGCUGAAAGAGUCCUUCACCUCUCUGCCUGUCCUUCACUUCCACCAAGGCGGCAGUACUGAGUUCCUAGACAGCCUCAGGAGAUAUGCACUGCUCAGCGAGUCUCCAGAUGAUGAUACCCAUCUGUUGGUCAGCACCCCUAACAAGGCUCUGUCCCAGUCCUUUGAGAACCUUCUAGAUGACAACAACUUCGGCCUUAUUCAUAAGCUGAAGAAGGACCCCUAUGUGACCACCCUGGGUGGCUUCUCCAAAGUAACCAACUACAUAUUCGAUGCGUUCCGGGGAACGGAAGAGCAGCAUCAACGACCCCCAGAGGAAGUGGCGGACCUGCUGGGGGAGGUCAUCCCAGGGUUAGAGAUCAACCAGCAGGAGGAGCCAGGCUUCGAGGUCAUCACCAGAAUCGACCUUGGAGCCAGGCCAGAGGUCCAGAGGAGGGAGCCGCUGUCUGCGGAGCAGUGGGCUGAGUAUCAGGAUCCAGAGGGAAGGGUCCUUAACGUCCCCCAUCUCAAGCAAAUCAUCUUCAAAGGGGGAUUGUGCCAUGCUGUGAGGAAAGAGGCAUGGAAGUUCCUGCUCUGUCACUUCCCCUGGGACAGCACCCUGGAGGAGAGGAAAGCCCUACAGAGAGUAAAAACAGAUGAAUACUUCAGGAUGAAGCUCCAGUGGAAGUCAGUCAGCGAGGAGCAGGAGAGAAGAAACUCCAGGUUAAGAGACUACAGGAGUCUUAUAGAGAAAGACGUGAACCGGACAGACAGAAACAACAGAUUCUAUGAAGGCAUCGACAACCCAGGCCUGGCCCUCCUUCAUGACAUCCUGAUGACGUACUGCAUGUAUGACUUCGACCUGGGCUAUGUCCAGGGAAUGAGCGACCUCCUCUCCCCAAUCCUCUAUGUGAUGGAGAACGAGGUGGAUGCCUUCUGGUGCUUUGUCUCCUUUAUGGACCAGAUGCACCAGAACUUUGAGGAGCAGAUGCAGGGCAUGAAGACCCAGCUGAUUCAGCUCAGCACCCUUCUCAGGCUGUUAGACCUAGCCUUUUGGAACUACCUCGAGUCCCAGGACUCAGGUUAUCUCUACUUUUGUUUCCGUUGGUUACUGAUCCGCUUCAAAAGGGAGCUGAGUUUCCAGGAUGUGCUUCGAUUCUGGGAAGUCAUGUGGACAGGCUUGCCCUGCCAAAAUUUCCAUCUUCUGGUGUGCUGUGCCAUCCUCGACUCAGAGAAACACAAAAUCAUGGAGGAGAACUACGGCUUCAAUGAAAUCCUCAAGCAUAUUAAUGAACUUUCAAUGAAACUGGACAUUGAGGAAAUCCUGCACAAAGCAGAGGGCAUCUAUUUGCAGAUGAAAGGUUGUAAGGAGUUGCCUCAUUCGAUAAGUGACAUCCUGGGAUUCAACAUAGAAACAGAAGCUCCUAGAAUAGGGGUGACCCAAGGAUCACCCCUCUCCCCCAGACCCUCCCAGAGACAGGAGGUCUUCUCCAAUGGCCAUGGACACUUACAAGAAACCUCAUACAACGGAUGCAAAGUUGCCUUCAUAUCAUAGUGACGAAAGGUUUUAAUGCAAGAGACUCAAUCGAUCUCCUCAUGCCUGCAAGGGGUAAAAGUUGCUUCUCUUGGAUGAGAGUGGAAGCUUUAAAGCCACUUGACCGUGUCCCCUGCGAAGAAAAAUGAGUGUAAAAAGGAUUUAAGAUUAUUCAAAAUCUUAUUUUUGUAAUUUCUGUACCAUAUUGUCUGUUAUUCAAAAAGUCAUUCCUUCCCUCUUGCUAAUCAUGUUUUCUAACGACGGGCAGAGUAUUGUAUUGUAACUAAUGAUGUGCUGUUUGAUAUCCAUCCAUGCACUUUGAGUCACGCAUAGUUGAGUAACACCUUGGACAUCCAAAAACUAUUGUAGACCCUAGGUUCGGCAUUUGGCCACAUAUUGUUUUUAUAAUUGCUGAUGAUAUAAUGUGUCACAACAAGGCCCUCCAUAAUUUUCUUAUAAUGAUCAAACUGCCUGCCCAUUGUCUACAAAAUGCUCAAAUUAUAGCCUAUUAUUACAUAAUCCCUGCUCAGUAUUAAUCAAUUGCUGUUGAACUGGUCUCUCCAUCUGCUAUGGAAUAAAGCAUUAUAUUAAUGUGUUCAAUGAAAAAUGAGUUUUCCCC